UUCAAAACAAACAAUUUUUCUGUAGUAUUACUGAUCAAUUCUAAUACUUGAUACCAUAAUCAUAAAAAACUAAGUGACCUUAGUUGAUACACAUUACACAGAUUAUUUUAUGAAAAUAAUCCUAAUAUAGUUUGUGACUUCGUGGCUUAAACUUUAUUUUAUAUAUUAUAAGAAUUUAUAGACAAUAUUAUGCGGUCUAUACUUGAUACGAAUUUAUUUUUAUUGAUUGUUAUUUGUUCUUAGCAAAAUGAAAAUCGCGAAGGUCAACAAAUCGCUGUAUUGGGAAAACAGAUAAACUCUGUAAGCGCUGUCGUAGUCGUACUGAAAACUGAUGAUCAGGCGCCUAGGCGAUUUCCCCCAAGAAAACCAUCGAUUUUAAAUAAAACAGAACCAUUUUAUUGGAAAAUCAAAUCAAUACUUGUUUAUCUUAUUAAUGCAGGGAUACCAGUGGGGAUACUGUGAAUCAUCAAACUGUAUGUUAUUCCCCGACAUUCCGUUGAAAUUUUGCUUUUAGUGAAGACGUGAAUGUAUUAAUUGAUAAUAUCAGUAGCAAUAAUUGUACUUACCAGGGUUUACAGUUACCUAUACCAGUGUACAAGGUUCAAUAACAAAAUUCAUUUGUUUGAAAAAGUAAAAUAACCGAAAUAGAACUAAAUUUAAUCGGAAGAUUUCCACCAGAGCUCGUUUUGUUAAUCUGUUGUUUUCCCAAAUAAUAUUGUUAUUACGUCAUUACUUAUUAGUUAUUAGUUACUUUUACAUUUUAGUUCAAAGUUCAAACGCUUCAAACACUCAUCGAACGUUAUCUCAGAGAACAGUGAUAACUAGUUUCACCUGCGAAGUACGAUCCCACGUAAGCCCACGAUUUACGAACAUUGAGCUACAUUUAAAGUACAUUUUAUAGCUACAACUCGUCAAUGCGUUGCGUAUUCUAAAUAAAUCUGUUAAAUUCGCUACUUAAAAUUGUUUAGUCCAAUGAUGAAAAACGAUUAUCAAAUGUGUAUUUCAGUUUUUUAAUAAUUGCAUUAAACUAUCUAGAUUUAACAAAAUAAAAUUUAAAAAAAUUUGGUAAACUGUCGUCUUAAAAUGUUUAAAGAUUCCUCAAUCAUUUCUAUAUAAUUUUUUUUAUAAAUUAAUUUUACUGCUCUCAAAUUGAUUGAUUUAAUACUAAAAUGACAUUUAAUUUUUUUAAUGUUCGUAAGCUGUGUACUAAGGCAGCAUUGCUUAAAAAUGUUCAAUUGACCAAAGAUAGAUUUCCUAAUUUAAAAAGAGGAUCAUAUGGUACGGUAGAAUCUGCAGAUGUUGAAUAUUUCAAAAACCUGUUAGGUGCUAACAAUUUUAUUACUGGCGAAGAAGUAAAAUCUUACAAUGUAGAUUGGUUAAAAUUUGUUUCUGGUUUCAGUAAGUAUGUGCUUAAACCAAAAACAACUGAACAAGUAUCAGCGAUUCUCAAGUAUUGUUAUGAGCGCGAUAUAGCAGUAUGUGUUCAAGGUGGCAAUACUGGUCUUGUUGGAGGUAGUGUUCCAGUUUUUGAUGAAGUAAUUUUGUCCACUUCUGCAAUGAAUUCAAUUAUUAGCUUUAAUAAAUUAUCAGGUGUGUUAGUAUGCCAGGCUGGAUGUGUAUUAGAAAAUUUGAUGAAUUAUGUUCAAAACGAAGGGUUUAUAAUGCCAUUUGAUUUGGGUGCAAAAGGCACUUGUCAGAUUGGAGGUAAUUUAGCUACUAAUGCUGGAGGUUUGAGAUUAAUUAAAUAUGGAAGUCUACAAGGAAGCGUAUUGGGAUUACAAGCGGUGUUAGCUGAUGGACAAAUUUUAGAUUGCCUUAAUACAUUGAAAAAAGACAACACUGGAUAUCAUUUAAAACAUUUGUUUAUUGGUUCAGAAGGAACCUUGGGAGUUAUUACAAAAAUUGCUAUUCAAUGUCCAAAUACCCCAAAAUUUGUUAAUGUAUCAUUUAUUGGAUUAGAAUCAUUUGAUAAAGUAUUAAGUUUCUUCUCGUUAGUACGGAAAGAAUUUUCUAAUAGUCUUUCAUCAUUUGAACUAAUGAACUCUGUAGCAAUAAAAAGUGUGCAAAAAAAUAUUGGCAUUAAGUGUCCAAUAAAUGACAGCCUGAAAUUUUAUGUUCUUGUAGAAUUAUCAGGUGAUAAUAAUUAUAUCAGUCAUUCCAUUCAAGAAUUUUUAGAAAAAGCCUUAGAUGAAGAAAUAAUUUUAGAUGCUACUGUAGCAGACCAACCGUCACUAAUUCAAAAUUUAUGGAAAAUAAGAGAAAAUAUUCCUGAAAGUUUAUUAAGAUAUGGAUACGUCUAUAAAUAUGAUAUAACUUUACCUCAUGAGUUAUUUUAUGAGAUUGUGCCUGAAAUAAGGAAACGAUUAGAAAAACUAGAUGUUAAAGCGGUUUGUGGCUAUGGACAUUUAGGUGAUGGAAAUUUACAUUUAAAUGUGGCUACAAUAGAACAUAAUGCUGAAAUAGCCUCAGCCAUUGAACCUUAUGUAUAUGAAUGGACUAGCAAAUACAAAGGAAGUGUAAGUGCUGAACAUGGAAUUGGAUUUUUAAAGAGUAAAUAUUUGAAAUAUUCAAAAUCCAAUUUAGAAAUAGAUUUAAUGAAAAAAUUAAAAAAUACUAUUGAUCCAAAAAAUAUAUUAAAUCCAUACAAGAUUUUUCCGCAAGAUGAUACUAAUUGAGUUUCAGUCUUAUUAAAAAAAAAUUUUUAUUGUUUUUAAAGUGGUUUAUUAUGUUGUCAACCAUUUAGUAUAUAGAGAUAUCUAUUAAAUAUGAAUAUUAUUUAAACAAA